CUCCAUAAAUAUUUUUAGUUGUAUUGUUUUCGAGUUCCUCUCUCAAUUUAAUAAAGAUACGGUUUUUUCAAUAUGGAAUUAGCAAAUAUAAUUUUCGUUUUGAUGUCUUAAAGAGUUAAGAGACACAAUAAACAGCAGUAAGUUCUUAUGUCACCAUAAUAGAAAAAUCUUCACAAAUCAUCAAAAUCAUUUGUUAAAUUAAAUUAAUCAUGUUUUAGUGCACCCUCUCGAUUUUGUUAUACAUUUACUGGUAUACUUAAUUAAUACAUUCCUCUUAGUUUUUUCUUUCUUUCUUUCUAAUCAUCAUCAAUACUAUGGAAAUCAUUAUUGAGUUUUUGACCAAUUAAGUAUGCGCAUUGACUAUGGAGAGAAGCAAGUCCAAUGAAUCAUUUAUAUGUUGUAGGUUCAUCUUUUAUGGCACUGUAUUCAUUUCUUACUUACAAGUCUCGAUGAUGAAUUACCUGAAGCUAUUGAUCAUCGUCGUGAUCAUCUCAUCGGAUAUGUCUCCAGCGUUGGUGGUCGGAUCUCGCCCGGUGAAAUGUGAUAAUUGCGUUGACGGUGGAAAAGAAAGGAUCAUGAAGAUCAUGAGGUCAGGUUUGGAUAUGAUGAGCCAUAGGAUUCUUCGAGCGUCGAGAUAUAUAAACUACGAUGCACUGAAGCACAACAGACCAGCUAGACCAAAUGGUAAACCUGAUCAACCUGAUAACAGAUACAAGCGAGGUUGCACUGCCGGUACAGGAUGCUACCGCUUUACCAAUUAAACAUAAAACCCCUCUCUCACUCUUUAUUUUUCAUUCUCAAUUCUCAUUGUUUUUUUUUUUAAUUUAGUAUUUUCAAUCACAUUCAUAAUUUCCAUUAGUAUUUUACAAUAUAUGUAAGCCUUGAGGGGCAUGAGACUCACAUCUCCUAGAGAGUUAAAAUAAGCCUCAG